CUAUUGCUACAAAUCUCUUCAUUUUCUAAACUACAAUAUCUACACUACUAAGCUGCCUUAUUCCUCAAAAACUUGUAAACUUAAAAUACUAUAUCAUAUAAAAUUUUUAAACAAUCUUUGAUUAGCUUCUAUUAAUUAUAAGUUAUCUCAACUUAACCAACUUUGUAGUUAAUUGAAGCUAGCUAUUAUACGUACUAAUUAUGGCAGUCACUCAGCAGCCUAUUCUUUCUAGGCUUGACCGUCUUGAUAAUUUGAUGAGGCAUUUGGAGAACUUAAGAGGGUCAAACCGAUCUCUAAAGAGUUCAUCACCAUCUACACCAUCAAGUGGGACUCGUACAAGCGAUGUCGAAUUCUUUUCGCCUAGGAGCCUUGACAAGUUAAAUUGCCGCCCCAUUGACGACGUGAUUGUCGAAACGGAGCACAAAGGUACCCUCCUUAAUAGGGUUUCCCUCAUCGAACAACGCCUUCUCAAGUUAUGCAUGCAGCUUGAACAAGAAAUGGAGAGAGAAAAGCAAGAGAAAGAUCGAGAGGAGAAGUCUUCACAUAGUCAUAAGAAAGCCGGUUUGAAGCAAUUUGUUAAAUCUUGUGUUAAAGGAAGCAAGAACAAGUCCAAUAAUAAAUAAUUGCUACUACUAAUCUCAUUUUACAAGGGAUGUUAAUUAGUUAGUACGUACUCGUAAUUACUACUUGUAUUUAUUAGUGCAACCAAAAGGGAUCUUAGUUUUUCUGUUUUUAUUUUAUUUUAUUUCUGUUUGUAAUGUUUGGAUCUUCUCAACUUUCCUUUUUAUUAUAUUAUUUGUUGAAAGGAAUCUUUUGAAGCUUCUUCUUCAAUGCGUGUAACGAUAUUGGAUAAUAUGUACGAGUAUAUAGUAUAUGGUGGCAUCAUUCUGCUUCUUUAA